GGGGAAACAACCUCCACUUAUAGAAGUUAGUAGUUAGUUAUCAGUAAAUCACUAUAUUUUGGUUCAUUGAAUAAGAGGAAAUACGCAAAGAAGGACUGCUAUUCGGGGUUGUAAUAUUGGUUAGAGAUUGACAAAUUGAUAUAAAGUGAAGUGGAACAUUAGUCUGAGACAUCAUAUCUUCGCAACUGGACUACACUUAAACAUGAACAUCAGGUUGGCUGGGGAUCUCUCAACGACAGAUCUGUCCCGCGAACUAUGGUUGGUCGCGUGGGUGAUACGGGUGGGUCGAUGGGCGGGCGCGGGUGGAGGCAGCGGCACGGGAGAGAGACGGGGACCCGUGGCGAGAAGACCUUUGGGGGCCGGAGUUCUACCCCUAUCAGAGUUCCUAAGACAGCCGAGUCAACAGUCCAGCGAAAAGGAGUAUACAUUCAAGGUUUAUCAGUGCGAGGAGAAGGAUUUCCACCAGCUACACGACAUGUUGAUAAGGAAACAAACAAACAAAUGCAACAUCUUACCGGGCCAACCUAAUUACGGAAUUGUCGUAGCGUUACGGCUGUUAACUCAUCCGGGUAGCAUAACCGAGGCGGUCUCUUCCGGCGCCACCAUAACCGCCAAACGGGGCUUCCCCGACGUCAUCAUGCCCGGCGACGUCAGGAACGAUCUGUACUUGACGCUGGAGCGCGCGGAGUUCGAGAGGGGUGGCAAGAGCACCGCCAAGAACGUGCUGGCCACCGUCAGCGUACACGAUAACACCGGACAACUUAUAAACGAGUGCGUAUGGGGAGCCAGCGGUAAUGGCAGCACAUGUUACGAGUCCCUCGUCCUGUACCACAACAACAGUCCCCUGUGGGGCGAACAACUGCGCCUGACUGUACCACUGGACACCUUCACGCAUGCGCACGUGCGCAUCGAGUUCCGACACUGCUCCACUCGUGACAAAAACGAGAGGAAAUUGUUCGGGUUCUCAUUUGCAAGACUGAUGGAAGCUAGCGGAGCCACGCUACGAGAUGGUGCACACGAAUUAUACGUUUACAAGUGUGACGAUCCAUCUAAGUUAUCCUCAGCAAGUUACCUAUCGCUAGCAUCUUGUGCGAGCGAUACGGCGCGAAUCUCGCCUGUGAAUGGCGUAGCACCUUCCUUCCAAAGAAGCUCCAAAGAAAACUGCACUAUCAACACUCUGCUUUGCUCCACUAAACUCACGCAAAACGAGGAUUUAUUGGCGUUGCUACAAUGGCGCGCUCAUCCAGAAAAAGUGCAAGAGACACUCCUGCGAGUAUUGCGUUUGGGCGACGGUCUGAGCUGUGAAGAACUAAUCAAGUUCCUCAGAGAUGUGUUGGAUGCUCUGUUCGCCUUGUUUUCUACGGAAGAUGGUAACAGCACGCCGCACUCUGGCACAGUAUUUCUAGUGCUGGUUUCAAUAUGCAGCCUUCUGGAUGAGACUCGCUUCCAGCACUUUAGACCUGUGCUCGACGUCUACAUAGAAGAACACUUCUCUGCCGCUUUGGUUUACAAGGGACUCCUAUCAUCGGUGCAACAUUGCGCAGAAUGGGCGGCAGGCGCCGAAGGCCAGGAGCCCAUACGGAAAUGCUUACGUUCUUUAGGCGCCGUGUUCCGACUCGCCGUUCGUUCCCGACGACUAUUCGCUCGAGCGACUGGCGGCCAAUAUGAAGAUAGCUUUAGAAGAGAUGUCAGAGCGGCGUUACACGCGUUGAAGGCUUUAGCGCAACAUCCUCACAGGGAACACUUGCAACCGGCUCAGGUGGCGCUGAUGACAUCAUGGGCUAGCGUGGCCAAGGAGGUGGCGUCCGCCCUCGGGCCCGUAGAAGCGGCGAGAGUAACCGCUUCAAUGUUAGACGCCCCCGCUGCAAACGCGCCGCCCGCCCUUGCUAAAGCGAGACUGGCGGCCGCCCAGGAAAUACUCAAAGGACCGCUGGGACAGGACCCUGAGGCGCGUAACAUAGUAUUGACCACCGCUUGCCACCAUCUCCGAGUGCACCUAGCGCGUCGCGACGAGCUCUCGCAAUGCGCGGAAAUGCUCGGGGAGUUAGUAACGUUACUAUGGAAGAAGGAAGACCCCGACCAGCCAGUCGAUGAAGACGAAUUGGACCCUGACGUGGAUGUUCUGUGUCGGAACACUCUCGAUGUAUUGGUUGAGACCGUACUGCAUCUCAUUGGUGGAAAUUCGCCUGUGUUGGGUUCUAUGGUAGCCGGCCUCUUAGGCGCCAUGGAGUUACUGAAGCCGGCUCACUACCAACGCUUGUGGAGUCACCUAGCGCCUCACCCGCACGACAGGAAACCUUUAAAAGAUUUCCUCAUGCGCGCGUUCUUAGUAUUUAGACAUUUGAUUGAGCAAGACGUUUUCCCUGCUGAUUGGAUGGUGUUGCGUGUGCAGAGUUGUAAAGUGUUGCUGUCUGCAUUACAAGAUUUAGCGAAACCACUCUUAGAAAGAUUUUUCGGAGAGGAACCGCCUCAGUUCGAUUCACAGGUGUGGUCAGGCUACAUGGAGUUAGGCGUGGCUCUUGUGACGUGCAGCGCGCUACAACCGGAACGAUGGGCUGGACGCGGGCCUGAUAGACCGCGGAUGAGAGCCGCCGCCGCCAGGCAACUGCUAGCCGUGUGGAGCAGGCUCGGUCCAGCCCAACUUCAUCUAGUGCCAGGCGCAGUAGGAGCAUUACUAGAAAUUACUCUAGUCGGGGAGCUUCGUAGAGCUGCGUUAGGAGCCCUAGUGGCUCUAAUGGCGGCCGAAAGGGCCGCAACGGGAUCUGCGAGAAGAACUGAAGCGGCUUUAGUUGACAAACUUGAUUCUUUAGUCGCAAAUAACAAGGCCGACGACCAUUAUAGAAGGCUGUUCGACACUGUCCUUAUGGAGCGAGUCUCAACUGAGGGUUGGCGGGAAGCCGGGGCAGCGUUCGUGGGUUGUGUCACAAGACUGUUAGAGAGACUUCUAGAUUACCGAGCCGUUAUGCAAGGAGCGGAACACAGGGACAAGCGAAUGGCGGCCACUGUUAAUUUGCUCAAUUUCUACAAAAAUGAAAUCGACCGUAAGGAGAUGUAUCUUCGUUACGUAUAUAAACUUCAUGAUCUUCAUAUUGCGUCUGAUAAUUUCAUUGAAGCUGGAUGCACGCUACUGUUGUAUGCAGAAACGUUGAGUUGGGACAGUGAUCAGAUUGGCGUUGACUCCGAACACCCUGAGACUCCUGAAUGGAAACGCAAAGAAGCUUUAUAUAACCAAGUGCUGCAAUAUUUCGAUCGCGGAAAGUGCUGGGAAAAAGGUCUUCCUCUUCUCCGUGAAUUGGCCACUCUGUACGAAGUGAAGUUGUGCGACUAUGCUCGCUUAGCUCACUGCUUACGGACUCAUGCCACCUUCUUAGACUCAGUGCUUGAGCAAUUGCGACCGGAGCCCGAGUACUUUAGGGUCGGCUUCUACGGGAAAGGAUGUCCACUGUUUGUAAGGAAUAAGUUGUUCGUAUACAGAGGGCACGACUACGAACGUAUCGGCGCGUUCACACAGCGAUUACAAUCGGAAUAUGUUUCUGCGCACAUUCUCAUGAGGAACACGCCGCCUGACGAUUCUAUCAUAGCGGCAGAUGGGCAAUAUAUCCAAAUUUGCAACGUUAAGCCCGUAGCCCGUCGAAGAACGUUUCCUUCGGGUGCUCCAGAAGCAGUGAAAAGAUUCUACGCUUGUAACGACGUAGAUACGUUUUUAUGCGACCGGCCACUUCAUAAACCGCCCAUCGAUAAGGAUAACGAGUUCAAGAGCCUUUGGAUAGAGCGUACGACCUUAGUUACGGAGAACACAUUGCCAGGCAUCUUGCGAUGGUCAGAAGUAGUUUCCAGAUCGGUAGAAGAAAUCCCACCAGUUGAGUUCGCAUGCGAAACUAUGGAGGCGACAGAACGCGAGUUACGCAGCCUCAUAUCUCAGUACACCGCCGACCCCACGCGGAACAUCAACCCUUUCUCUAUGCGGCUACAAGGCACCAUAGACGCGAACGUACAAGGCGGCAUCACUAAGUACGAGCAAGCGUUCUUAAGCGCCGAUUUCGCUAGAAACGCGACGCCUAGAGAGGCGGCGGCGGCCGCAAAACUAAGGAGAUUAGUGGCUGGACAAUUGGCUGUAGUCGAUGCUGGGCUUACAUUGCACGGACGAUUGGCGCCUGAUGAUGUCAAACCUUUGCAUAGGCGAUUGGUCGAGCGGUUCAAUCAGAUUAGACUAAACUUGGGACCAGGAUUAGCAAGAGCAAGACGCCAGCUUUCGGAAAGUAUUGUCAAUACACCCUUGCCUCCCGUACCAUCAUUGGACAAACGAUCUCAAAGUAUACAACAGAACGAGAGCUAUUAUGAUGAUGCUCAUCUUUAUAACAAACCUAUCUACACUAUGGAGGAUUCGGAGCCGAGUUUGAUGUCUAACAGUCUCCCCGUGGGUGACAAUCGCGAAUGCCUCGAAGAUGCUUCGAUGGUGAAGUCUGCGCCGCCUCUACCGACUAGACCGAAGUCUGGGGACCCGCGCAGUCCUACGAGACCGCCUUUAGACAACUACCGUGAUUCAAUGGAUGGUGAAGUGGAAACUCGUAGACAUAGUCGAGCUUCUUGGAGCGAGCCUGGAGAUGCGCCGCCACUUCCACCGAGGGUUUCAGGAGAUAAGCGCAGUUGGAUGGAAGCCCCUCCAGCGGUGCCUCGUCGCGCGGGUCGCGUUACAGACGCGGCGGACGACGCGCGAGACUCGGGCGUCAGCGUCGACGCUCACGCCUACACCAAUGCUGACGAUCAUCGACACCACGCCGAUUUAGAACUGGCAGUGGAAUCGCUACGGUACGAGGAGAUAAUCUCACUGAUGUCGGAACCGCUUCACGUGGGGGAGCCGGAAACACCACCUCCCAUCCCCCCGAAAGGACUCUCCCAUCUAGGCAGCUUCGACUCUGGACACCACGAGAACGGAGAAUCACAUUGCUAA